AUGGGAAGUGUCCGACCAAGUUCCGCCAACUUUCCUAGCGGAGCGCCGCCCCAUUUGGCUGCCGGAGAGAAAGAGCUAGACGCCGGCGCACAGUUUGUUCUUAAAUCUAGAGGAUCAUGGAUACACUGCGGGUACCACUUGACGACUUCGAUUGUGGCUCCGGCACUGUUGAGCCUUCCGUUUGCAUUAGCGUCGCUGGGAUGGACGGCCGGGAUUGCAAGCUUGGUUAUAGGUGCAAUGGUCACAUUCUAUUCCUACAACUUAUUAUCACUUGUGUUAGAGCACAAUGCUCAUUUGGGACGUCGCCAUCUUAGGUUCCGCGACAUGGCUAACCAUAUCUUAGGUCCAAGAUGGGGGCGGUAUUAUGUGGGCCCAAUACAAUUCUUGGUUUGCUAUGGUGCCGUUGUGGGCUCUACUCUUUUGGGAGGACAGUGCAUGAAGGCAAUUUAUUUGUUGUCGAGAGCAGAUGGAAGUAUGAAGUUGUACCAAUUUGUAAUUAUAUUUGGAGGGCUUAUGCUGAUUUUAGCUCAAAUCCCAUCUUUUCACUCGUUGAGGCACAUCAAUUUGGUCUCUUUGGUGCUUGCUCUUGUUUACAGUGCAUGUGCCACUGCUGGUUCCAUCUACAUUGGAAGUUCAUCCAAGGGGCCAAGAAAAGAUUAUUCUCUACACAGCAACGACGAAACUCGGAUAUUUGGCAUGUUUAAUGCGUUGGCUAUUGUUGCCACCACUUUUGGCAACGGGAUUAUUCCAGAAAUACAGGCAACAUUGGCGCCACCUGUGAAGGGCAAGAUGUUUAAAGGGCUGUGCAUUUGCUAUGCAGUGGUCACUGCUACUUUCUUCAGUGUAGCCAUUUCUGGGUAUUGGGCAUUUGGGAACCAAACUAAUAGUCUAAUCCUCACAAAUUUCUUGACCGACGGCAAAGCCUUAGUCCCCAAAUGGUUCAUUCUGAUGACCAAUGUCUUCACUAUUCUGCAGCUAUCGGCCGUUGCCGUGGUGUACCUGCAACCGACGAACGAGGUUUUAGAGGGGGCGUUGGGAGACCCCAUGAGCGGUGAGUUCUCCAUGCGUAAUGUGGUCCCAAGGGUAAUCUCGAGGUCCAUAUCUAUUGUUAUCUCGACUACAAUUGCGGCCAUGCUCCCCUUUUUCGGGGACAUAAAUGCGGUGAUUGGGGCAUUUGGUUUCAUGCCGCUCGAUUUCGUGCUGCCCGCUGUUUUCUUCAACCUGACGUUCAAGCCAUCAAAGAGGGGUUUCAUUUUCUGGCUUAACACGACCAUAGCCUCCGUUUUUUCGGUGCUCGGGGUUAUAGCAGCAGUUGCGGCCGUUAGGCAAAUUAGUCUCGACGCACAAACAUACAGAUUGUUUGCGAAUAUAUGA